UCGCGAUAAGUAAACAUCCCGUGCAAGAUCGCACCUGUAACGUUCACACCACUCUUCACCACGCCACUCUAGAUCUUUAAUAGCCAUAUGCGCAGACUAUAACACAGAGACAACCAUGUUGAACCUCCUUGUACUUAUUGUACUACAACUGAACGCCCCAUCUCUCGGCCAACUCUGCGGCGGUACCCUGACCGGCUCAGGGGGAGAAGUGACGUCACAUGGCUUCCCUAACUACUACUUGCACAAUCAGGACUGUACCUGGGUGAUCGAGGCACGAGGCGGGCGCGCAAGCGUCACCUUCCUGGACUUCGAGCUGGAACAGCCGGCAGGGGGCGCUUUUGGCACGUGUCGUUACGACUACGUGGAGAUCCUAUCGUCUGGAGAGUCCCUAGGUAUAUACUGUGGAAACAUGAACCCGGGCUCGGCUAGUUCGGAUGAAAUGCUCGAGGUCCGGUUCGUCAGUGAUGCGACCUUCAACGCCAAAGGGUUCCGUUUCACCUAUAAGGUGCAGGGAGCAAUAGAAGAGCCCUCGUGCGGAGGAGUCCUGAACGACACCUCUGGGGUCGUCACUUCACCAGGGUAUCCAGACGAGUACGACAACUUCCUGGACUGUACAUGGACCCUGCCGGCUACAGGUGUGCCCGUGACCGUGACCUUCACUCAUUUCCAGACGGAGACGUCAUUCACCGGUCUCACCACCUGUCGGUACGACUGGGUGGACAUCUACGAGGACGGCACGCAACUGGGUCGCUGGUGUGGUACGGAGAAGCCAGAUGACGUCACGAGCACGAGACCACUGAGAAUCCGGUUCCGGAGUGACGGAAGUGUGGGGGAUCGGGGGUUCCGGUUUGUAUACGAGUACCGGCAGCCGAUUGAAGAAACAACGACAACAGUACCACCGUCCAAACUACCGGAGACUGAACCGACACAAAUUUCAAACACCGAGGGGACAACCUCCGAAUGAUAUCAAUAUUCAUUCGUCGACCGAGGAACAGCUUUGAGUUGAAUAUGAGCCCUACGGAAGAGCACACAGACAACGAACAUAGUUCAAGAAGAGUGCAACGACGCUAUGCCUUUGGUUUCGCCUAUCAAGCAUUAAAAC